AUGGCCCCCAAGCAAUACGUCGUCGACGACUUCAAGGACCGCGGCGAAAACACCGACCGACACCCCGAGCACAAUCUCAAUCGCGACAACCUCAACCGCGACAACCACCUCCCUCGGCCCCUCCUCGCCUUCAAGAAAUUCCUCAACUGGGCCAUCCCAAUGCUCUACCAGGCCUGCCGCUCCAUGGUCCUGCACCUCUACGCAGAGCGCGAGCUCUGGCCCGAGAAGAGCGGCCUGGUGGAGACCUGGAGGAUCAUCCGCAAUCCCUACAAUUACAGCUUCCGCGACCUGUGGCGCUUUUUCUGCGGCUGGGCUGUGGACCCUGAGAUGCUGUGGGGACUGGGCCGGUGCUUCUGGUACCAUUUCAAGGGCGCAAUGUACGCGGUGGGUAGAGGAGGUGGUGGAGGUGUAGGAAGUGGUGAAUGGGCCGGCUACGCCGCCUUCGAUAUCUACUGGGAAGCCAUCUUCAGCCAAUACGGCGUCUCCAGCAUCCUAUCCCCCGCCAUUGGGCCCGUGGUCCGUGAUACCGGCGACUCGUGGCAUUACUACAUCUUCGCCACGCUCAGAUAA